CGUACGACCGUACGUACGAUCGUACGUCGAAACGUCGUUAAGAAAAAUUUCACCAAAGAGUCGUUAUUCUUUUUCUUUUUUUUUUAAUAAAUUUAGUUUGGGUUUUUCCAGGUAAAUCUUCUAAGCGUAUUUGGUUAUUUUUUAGUAUUCAACCCAGAGAAAAGAAUGGCAAGGAAUCAAAUGCAACCCAGAGAAGAGCAAGGAUUCGAGGAAGUGAUAGAAGAACAAGCCAAAUAAUAAAUUUUAUUUCGCUAAGCGUUCUGGGAAUUUUUCAUGUUAGCAAUAAAGAUUUUCAUGACUUUUAUAUCUUUUCUUCAACAAGUGAUAUUUCAUUCAACAGUUAGUAACUUAAUAUUUUAUAAGUUUUUAACACCAACUAAACUUCUCAUUUGUUUGUUUUAUUUCUUAUUUUUCAUUUCUAACAGCACAUUUAAGAAAUCUUUUGCUUUUUUACACUUCCUGAGGAAUAUAUAUGAUAAUAACUUCACAGAACUGAAGGGAGAAUUUCUUUUCGAUAAAAAGCGAAGUACAAAGACAAAAAGAGUUGUUGCUAACCGUGGAAGCAACUAAGUUGCUAUGGGAAAACACCUUAAACAAGUUCUCAGUAUUGUAUCAAUCAUUUUUGCCAUAAUUUUGACAUGUGUGGCGAUCACAACUAACCAUUGGUUUGAAAUGGCAAGUCCAGUAAAAACAAUAUCAGACCUGCCCAAGUCAUUUGUGUAUUUCUGGAAAGGUUUAUAUAAAGGUUGCUUCCAUAUUCCUAAUGUCGUUCCACUGCAGUGCAAAACUUUGCAAGAUUGGAAGAUGGACAAUCACUGGGUAACAGCUGUUCGUGUUUUGAUUUAUAUAUCCAUCAGUUCUGGUAUAUUGACUAUAGCUGUAACUCUCAUUAUGAAAGUAUUACUGGGUCGAAUUUUAAGUGAUAUUGUUUCAAUGUUGUCAUUUACGUCAGGAGCAAUAUUAAUGUCCGCUUUAUCCAUAUACACAGAUCAAAAUCCAACUCAUAUCAAAACAUUUCUGCUUUUUGGAUUCUCGUACAUAUGUGCUUGGUUGAGUGUGUCAUUGUACUUCUUCGCAAGCCUGCUCACUGUUUUAUCAAGAACACCGAAAUCGGUCAUGUAAAAUUAACAUUACUUGAAAUACGCCAUCGGCU